AUGGCUAUGAGAAGGCGUUGGGCGGGACAGUCUCUGGCUAUUGGCUGCGCUGCUAAGCUUGCUUGCAGCGUAGGGGAGAAACAGGGGACCCGGCUAGAUGCUCACCAGGAGGGGUCCCCCCUCUAGUGGCCACAGGAAGAACUGUGGGGCACUUCCCCCCUAUCCUCCGGCUGUCCCGGGGAGCUCAGGUGAUUGCUCACUUCCACCUGCCUGACAGGUGAGCUCGGCUUUAGCAGCUAAUCGGGGGCCUCCCUUUUCCUAGCAGCCACCUCCAGGAUUUUGCUUCUUGCUGUUUUGCUCCCUACGUUUCCACCUGCUAUUCAAGACCUAAACGUCAAAGCCCAGCUUUCUCAAAGCCCUCCCGGGUCCUGGGGCCCUGCGUACCUGUCCUGUCCUCCCCUGCAGUCCCAUUUGUGGUUUACAGCUCAGCCAUGCUGGAGGGCGACAACCUGCCUAGCCCCUGACCACUGUUUCCCCAAGGUUCGGCUGUCAGACACAUGCGGUGGAGCUUUGAGGAUGACAGAAAGCUUUUCAUCACAUUAAAUCUUAACAGCAAUCUCCGAGUGAGACAUUAGGUUCAUGCCGACCCACCGACAAAGAAGUCACAUUUGGGAGAGAUCUCCACGAUGACAGAGAGGCGCUACAGGUCCACCUCCUGGGGCAGCGAGAGCUCAGAGAGAACACACAGGGAGAGACAGAGCUUGGCACCUUGUGGAGACUUCCCACGGACCGGCAGGGCUGCUAGGGGGUGUUUCUGGGGCAUGGGUGAUAGAUGCUGUGACCAGAGAGGACGGUGCCAACGUCAUUUUGUGCUUGGAUUUCAUCCUCAAUUCAAAAGGAGUUAUUGGAGAGAAGGGACAAGAUUACAGAGUUGGUCAGACCAAUCUUUGUCGUUUAUCAGAAACAGGGAUUGGAUACUGAUAAUUCAGGUUUGUUCCCAGAAAUAGUUUUUGAGUGAAAGAAAAAUUUUUAAGCUUUUGAUCUAUACCAAGGGUUUUGAUUAAAAAACAAACAAACAAACAAACAAACAAAACAUCUUAGUUCUUCCACAGGUCCUGGGAUAACUAAUUUACCCUGAGCCCUAAAAUUCUGGUCACAUCCUUGUGGAUUUUGAAAUGGCUCUCAUGAUUGGUCAAUAACUUUUCACGCUAAAGAAACAGAGGACAUCAUUGGCAAGGGGCAGCCGGCAGGUGGAUAGAAGGUGGACUGCAAUUGUUAGGUGAGGGGUUGCCAUAGAGACAGGGAGGUUUGGGUCAGACAGACUGAACCCUAGGGGCCAAAGAGGUAGGAGGUGGUAGCCAUUAGGGGACCGUCAGUUCUUAAGGGCGUGAGGAGGAGGACACGGCUCACCUCGUGGGCACCCCCUGAGACCUCAGGCCUCUGUGUGUGUGCAGAAUACCCUGGCCGAAUGAGUUGGUCCCCUGGGGAAGGAAAGGUGCUCUUUCCUGGGGACAUGUCCACAGUGUCCGCCUGAAAAAUGUUCCCAUGCCACGCCUUCGCCCCUGAGCCCCUGUGAAUGGUAUGAGGAUCUGACUCCUCUGCCUCAGCGUUGCGAGUGCACAAACGUUUUCUGAGCUCCGGUGCUGGGGACCCUAAUCCAGGGCCCAUCCAGAUUCUACAAGCAGGUGUAUAGUGAGGCUCCCUGUGCAGUGCUGUGUUCGCACCUGGGCUGGACUUACUCUCAUGACUUUACAGGUGUGCCAUGACGGACUAGAAAGCACAGUCGUCAGUGUUAUCCUUAGGUGGUGCUUAGAAGAACAUGUAGCAGAGAUUUUUGUCAAACAAAUGGAACAUAUCACAGAGCCUUGCUAACAUGAACUACUCCAUCCAGAAGGACAAGCAAUUUGGUGGACAUUCCAGAUUUGUCAACAAAGUGAAGAAAGGUUACACCGCUGCAUAUCCAACACAAUCCUCCAUUCCUUUCAAAUGCCAACCAACAAUAAUUACAGAAUCAGAAAAAAAAGGAUUUAAUAGUCAAGCCAAAAGAUUUUAUCACACAAAGAAUGAUAUCCCAGGCCCUGGGUCCUACAACAUCAUCCACCAGUCUCCGGUGUUCAGCAGUGUCUCACUGUCCAGGAAAGGGACCUGCACUUUUCCUUCUAUGAGGGCCCGGCUGGAAGCCACUAUUUCUAAAUAUCCCGCGGCGAAUGCGUACACUCUCCCCUCCAAUUUUGCUUCGAAGAAAGACUUCAGUAAUUCCUGUUCCAGUAUGUUCCAGCUGCCAAUCUUUGUGAAAGUGCUCAAAUCAGAAACCCCUGCCCCAAACCACUAUAAUGCCUCCAUCUCCUGCUGCCAGCAGCAAAAUAAUGUGUCUGCCCGUGCUGGGUUUAUGUCCAAAACUCAGAGAGGAGUGUUCGCCACCACUGACACGGGACCUGCGCCAGGGCAUUAUGAUGUCAAUGAAUCAUUUGUGAAGCAGUCACCAAAGAUAUUAAUGUCUUGUUUUAAAUCCAAAACUGACCGUGGAUUCAAACUGACGUCAACAGGCCCAGGGCCCGGUUAUUACAACCCAAAUGAUCACACCAAGAUUUCAAAGAAGUCUGUUAUCCCGAAGAACCCUGUCCUGAACUUCUCAGCCCAGCCUUUGCCUCUGCCCCCAAAGCCGCCUCUUCCGGGCCCUGGUCAGUAUGACAUUGUGAACUAUGCUGGACCCACCAAGCAUUUCAUCUCUAGUGCAUCCUUUGUGUCCAACACCAGCAGGAGGAUAAUGGAGCCUUCCCAGCCAGGCCUCCCUGGCCCAGCCACGUACAAGCCUGAGCCCCUAGGGAAGCAGUCCUUCCUCUACAAUGAGGACAAGAAAUGGGUCCCGGUGAUGUAGUGACGCCACAUGAGCUCAGGAAGAGCCUCGGCCCCUGAUCCCCAGCUCCCCAGGACAUUCACUUGGAGAACAUGUGUGGCUGCUGACCAAGUCACCCUUCCUAGUGCUGCGGCAUGGCUGCUGGGCUGGCCUUGGAGACUAACUCGCCCCACCUACUCCGGCAUUUUCCUGAGCAGCAAGGAGGAGUGGAUGGAGGCCAUGAUCACUUGCCCCUUGGAUCCGUGCAGGUGGCUCUGGCGUGACUCUUCCAUAGACUUCAGGGGUUCCUAAAGCGCGGAUUCCACGUGGAAGACAGCUGGUGGCAGAGUCCCUGCCCGGAAGCCUGGUGCCCAGCCAGGUCUCUGGGAUCUCAGCGUGCCCAGGUGUGGGCCCAAUCAUCUGCCCUUGGCUUCCAGACUCCUCCUGACUUCCAGGAGCCUGGCAGGGCCCAUGGCACCUGUGGUAGACACUCCAAGAUGUUACCAGGCCCCCUAGACAGCCACAUGGCACUUUCUGGAAGAACAGGGCAGCUGAUCACCUUCACUCUUUACCCAGCACUGGGGAGGCUGCCCCAAAGUUCAUAGCAGUCACAUCUCCGACAGCGGAAGUGACAGCGCCCUGUGGAACGCAAGCUCCAGAAGCAGUAGCUCAAGGGACAGGAAGGCCACCCUGUGCCCAUGCUGUGGGCUGCCUCCCCCACCUUCCCUGCUCGAGCCUCUCCAUUCACCCCUCUCGCUGACCUUCUACAUCAAUGUCCAAGAAAGACUUGUUGACUACGUUUGACCGUCUUUAAUGGAUCUCUUCUGACUUGCAAAUCUUUUUCCCUCUGCAAGAGGAAGGCUGAAGAACCGAGAUGGAAGAGACCUAACUGCACAUUUCCUCCUUCCCCAAAUCUUGAUGUUGUCCAGCAAUGCCCCAAGCGGGAGUCUCCGUGCAUCCUCCCUGCACCCCUCCCACCUUGCUCCCCCAUGCCUGGUCCCCCACGACAGACUCACUUCUCAUGGUGCCCCCCUUUACUUUGUGAGUUGUGCAUCCUGAGCCUUCCUGUCAGAACUGCCUGCUGGUUGGCUUUCCCUUUGAGCAAGGCUGAAGAAGGAGAAGGAUAAAUAUCAUAGUCAAUUAAACUGAAUUCCUGCUUCCCACAGGAGCUGGUGUUUUUGUAAACAGGUUCUCAGAAAGGCCCCAUGGCCUUGGAGUGAAGGAGAGGCAGCCUGGAGCGCCUUGCUGAGCGCAGGAGCUCUGGAUUGAAAGGCUACUUUGCGCGUGCGCCCGCACAGGCCCUCGGCUUCUCCUGGAAGGGACGCAUUGGCAGGAAGGUGCACAAGGUUUAAAGCUCCCGGGGCUGCUCCCGUGGUAGCUGAGUGAAGCAGCUGGGGUGGGCGCUGGGGCUUUAGGAGCUAAAGCUACUGCUGUCUAACCGUGUCCACAGCAACCCAACCAAUGGCUCCUGGGUCUGCCACUGUCAGAGUGGGGAAUUCUUCACAGUGUGAAAUCUUCUGGCCCCUCAGAGGACUCCCCCUAGUGACCUCUGUGUCUCCCCAAAUCCCUCUGAGUCAAGAGAGAGAGGGCUGGGGAGAGAAGAGCAAACAGCUCUCAGCUGAUAGGAAUCCAUGCCCACACCCCACAUGGCCAGGCCCAGAACUGAACUCAGAGAGUCUUUUGAUUGCUCCAUUCUCUGUUAAACUGUCUAGAGCUGGGGUUAACCAGGACCCCUUACCCCUAGCUGUCUAUUAGACUCAGCGCAGGAGCACACCUAGGCCCCAGCCUCAAAAUUCUGAUUUCACUGACCUUUGGUAUCUUUUAAAAGUUCCUGGUGUGAUUGUAACAUAUCUAGCUGUGCUUAGGAUACACAGGUACCUUUAUAAAGUAGUUCCUGGAUUUUAAUGUGCGUGCUGAUUCCUUGGAGAUUUUAUUAAAACGUGGGAGCCGGGAGUGGGGCCUGAGACUCUGCAUUUCUAACAAGCUCAGGUGGUGCUGAUGCUGCUUAGUCCACGGGCCACACUAAAAAUAGCGAGAGUUGAGCAGAUGCUUAAUUAGCUGGCUAUGGUGGCAUAUCCUGUAAUCUCAGGUCUCUGGGAGGCUGAAGCAGGAGGAUCAUGAAUUCAAGCCCAGCUUGGGUGACUUAAAGAAAACUCUCAAAAAGGGCUGGGGAUGUAGCUCAGUGUGAAUGCCCUGGGUUCAAUGCCCAGUACGACACAUACACAAAUUAUAAAUAAAAACACUUAAUUGUUCA